CUGUACAGUUGUAGUAUGAAGAAGCUGAUCUGAAUGUUUAUUCUAUGACCUCACUGCCAUACAAUCAACCACUCAAGCAUAAAAAAAACACUCAAAAUAACCUGUAAUAGAGGGAUCCACUGGAGGAAAAAAAAAACAAGAAUUGAGUUAUUUUAUUAUGGGAUGGACAAAUAAAGCAGCCCCUUAUUUCACAGACAAUAGCUCCCUCUUCCUGUGCUCUACCGCCCCCAGCAGGCGCAGGACGGUACUGCUACAAUCAGCCAUAAUAGGCGGUAGGAGUGGAUGAGCCUGAGCCGAGCAGGCAGUCUGUCUUCACAGGGUACACUCUUGUCGGAGGUGAUACCGUCCUCCGCUUGCCAAACCCCCUCUUCUGACUUGAAACAGGAGCAGGAUGUAUUGAUCUGUUGGUUGUAGUGCUUCUCCGGCGGAUCAUCCAUGCGUCAGCGCCGGGAAUGGAUCAGGAAUCCGGUGUGGCGUCUGCAGGGAGUUUCAUCCCGCUGAAUGAACAUGAACAGAGAUUUUACUCAGGUCUCCACGGCGUGUGCCAAGCUGACACCUCAGGAAAACUGUCGUCCAGCAAAGUGGCAGAGCUGUUCAAGGCGUCUCAGCUACCUCCUGAAUCCCUGCAUAAAGUGACUGAGGUGUGUGGGGCAAAGCGUCUGGGAUACUUUGGUAAAACCCAGUUCUACGUGGCCCUGAAGCUGCUCGCUGCCGCCCAGUCUGGUCUGCCCAUCCGCCUGGAGAGCGUAACAGCCAAUCUACCUCUACCCAGAUUUGUUGGGCUGAAGAAUGAACCGGAGAUGCGAUACCCCACCGUCCCUCCCGGCAUAGAUGGUCAGGGGGCUCAGUGUGGGACUGCACCCGGUCCUGUCACCCGGACUCCAGCAGACAGGAGCACCUUCAGACACUUGGAGAGCAGCGUAGAGAAGAAGGAGCCUUGGUCCCCCCCACGAUCACCAUGCAGUUCACCACCUCGCUCGCCGCUUGCCUACCGCAGCUACCCGUACACGAAGCAGAGGAAUGGGGCAGACUCACAGAUGGCCUAUGAGAGCAAACCUUCCUCACGGCCAAUCGUUCAGAUGGAGCAGCACUCCUCGCCCAGUAACUACGGGACCAAACCCACUGUGGAGCAUCCUGCUAUGGCUCGGGCUUCCUCGGCAGAGAGGCUGGACCAGCAGGGUGUAGUGGACUACUCUGACGAUGACCCCUGGAGGAUCACAGAGGAACAGCUGGAAUAUUACACUAACCAGUUCAAAAGCCUGCAGCCCGACCUGGGGGCUCUCAUCCUGGGAGCUGUUGCAAAGAACUUCUUCACAAAAUCCAAGCUCCCAAUACCAGAGCUCUCCCACAUUUGGGAGUUGAGUGAUGUGGAUAGAGAUGGAGCUCUCACUUUCUCUGAGUUCUGCACAGCCUUUCACUUGAUUGUGGCGCGCAAGAACGGUUACCCUCUCCCCGAGAGCCUUCCUCCAACCCUGCAGCCAGGGUUUACACAGCAGGAAGAGGAUGUACCGGAUACUCCUGAAAGUGCAGAGCCUCUUAUCGUCUUUGAGGAUGCUGAACCGAGGCCCAGUCAGAUGGAUCGGAGUAUGAUAGAGAGGCUCCAGCCAAGCUCAGCCCCGACUAAACAAGAUGUGAAAGAGGAAUCCUGUAAACAAGAAACAAGCGUGAAGAGGGUGACAACAUCUCAAGAGAAACAAACUUUACAACUUGACCGUGUGCCUCGGCCUCAGGACCUCGACCCACAGAUGAAGACAAAAACUAGACCAAGGUCCUACUCCAGCACUUCUUUCGAAGAUGCGAUGAAGAAGGCAGAAGAGCCUCCCACCCCUCCACCUCGACCCCAGAAAACCCACUCCAGAGCCUCCUCACUGGAUCUCAACAAGCUCUUCCAGCAGGAUGCUCCAGGGGUGAAAAGUGGAUGGUUGCCCCCUCCUCCAGCCCUCCCUCCUAGACCAUCAACCUCACAGGUUUCUCAUUUUAUCAACGCUUCAGACAAAACUCCUCAGAAUAAAGUGCAGCAGCCAAACUUUGCUGACUUCAGUCGCUUUAGAGAAGAGGAGGAGAGCAGUGUGAAACCUGAGGAACAGAGUCCACGUUCUAGAUUUGCUCCAAGUACUGAAGACUUGACAAAUGCUUCAAAACAGGAAGCAAUCAGAGUUUCUCACAGUCAGGCUCCGCAGAAGCCAGUCCGCAGGAAAUACCACCCUGAGAGCCAGAACCUGGAGCCAGUACCUCCACCUGCCGUGACGUUUCCUCCCCCCACCAAACCCUCUCAAAAACUGCUGUCCAGACAGAAGAGGGAGAUCCAGAUGGCGAUCCGUAAGAACAAGGAAACCAACGCAGUGUUGACGCGUCUCAACAGCGAGCUCCAACAGCAACUGAAGGUGGUUCACCAGGAGAGGGUCACCUUGGAGUCCCAGCUGGAGCACCUGCGUCCUCUCGCCUCGACGUGACUGAGCCUGAAGUCCGGACAGAGUCGCGCUCACGGCGCUUCACCGGGACAACUGUACAGCAGUGUCAGUGAAUGUUUGAGCAAGUUGUUUCUUUUGUGAUGAAUCCAGAAUAAAUGGAAAAGGGCUGAUGACGGAAGCAAAGGUGCAUUGUAGACUCAAGAGAUGUGACUCUUCAAGCUUACUUACUUACUUUUAAUGAUGUUUUGCAGGAUUAAACCAUGCAUUUUUUAAAAUCUCUGUAUGAUAUGCACAUGUAAAAUAUCCUGUUAUUGACUGUGACAUUCUAACUUGUUUUUCUCUUUUGAGUUACUGUUCCUCCCAUGAAUCUUACCUUGCUUACAACACAUGUCAAAGUUUGUGCACAUAUAAUCAUUACUCAGAUACAUGUUUAUGUUCUGUGUUAAUGACGUACUCUCAUUUUUCAGUUUUUGUAUACAGUGCAUAUCAUGCAUAUCAACAUAUGGUCUAAAGCAAGUGAUGGUGCUACAGAUUAGUUUUUGAAUCUGAUUAUUUUUUGCACAAAAAAAAAUGCACAUUUGCAAGGUUGUACUUAAUGUUUGCAAAAGCCACGUUCAAUAUGAGUUGAAUUUAAAUUAGCUACAUUUCCAGCCAGCACACAUGACUUUGUUGUCUGGUGACAGACUGUAGCACUGGCACUUGUGGCUAUUAGGACACUGAGGAAUGUUGACACUUUUGACACUGGAUUUGUAUAAAAUAUGUACCUUUUACUUGAAGAUUUGCUCCAUCUUUAAUUGAAACACUGUCUGUUUGAAACAAAAACUUUUGAUUUUUAAGUGAAAUCCCCUCAGUUAUUUCCACACUACAUCCGUACUGUCAAAAAACCCACUUCAAACCAAACCAGCAUUAACAGUAAAAAGCUAAAUCAAUAAACGAGCACAAUAUUCCUCUCAUGUUUUGCAAGAUAGAUUUCAAAACAGCUGAUGUCUGGAUAAGCAGAUGUGGUUUUGAUUUUAUCUAUGCAAAGAUUUGAUGCAAUUUAAGCUUAUUUUAGACCAUUUUUUUUCUUCACAUCCUGAUUAUUAAUGAUGAUAAAUGACGGGAAUGAUACUGACUUGAUACUGCAUGUUUGCUAAAAUGAUGUGAGCAUUGGAGUAUGAAUUAACCUUAAACCAUGCACAACUGAGCUCUGCGCUGAAGACAAUAAUCAAACUAAUAAAUAAAGUUGUCUAUUUUUA